AUGUCUCCUCCGAUCCCACCAAAGCACUGCGUUCGUUGCCACAUGAUGUACACCACCAACGGGGAAGGGGGCUGCGUAAUUCCGCACAUCUUCGACUACCGUGAUCAGCACGAAUGGGAGAUGGACGGGAUCAAGGGCCGUGUAUACGCAUCCAAGUGUUGCGGCGACGAAGUCCGGGUGUUCGAGCGCGGAGCCGGGAGCGAUUUCGUGCUGGAGGAUGAGGGGCCAUGUUUUCGCGGGUGCCAUACGACCUCGGCCAUCGUGGUGGAGUACAAUUUGGUCAACGUCUUUCCGUGCCAGUUGGAUAGGGAAGAGGAGUGUUUGAAGGAAGUGCUGGAUAUGACCUACCCUCCUGAGUUUUGCGAGGAUUCUGAUUACGACUGGGUGCCUGACGGUGAGACCACUCGCUCCAACAAUCUGACCGAUUGGCGUCGCCUUCGGCGAUGCUGGUCUCGGUUGGCGACCCUGAUCAGGGCCUUUGUUCGUUGUCUAUAUCGCUCUUCCAGAUUAUUUUAA